AUGGAAAGGAGACGUGUCACCUCGGCUGCUCGCCGCUCCUACGUCUCCUCCGCGGAGAUGGUGGCGGGGGGCCUGACUCCCGGCCGCCGCCCGUGGCCUGGCGCCCGCCUCUCCCUGGCUCGAACGUCCCCUCCACUCCCGGCCCGGGUGGACUUCUCCCUGGCCGGGGCACUCAACGCCGGCUUCAAGGAGACCCGGGCCAGUGAGCGGGCAGAGAUGAUGGAGCUCAACGACCGCUUUGCCAGCUACAUUGAGAAGGUUCGCUUCCUGGAGCAGCAGAACAAGGCGCUGGCUGCCGAGCUGAACCAGUUGCGGUCCAAGGAGCCCAGCAAGCUGGCCGACGUCUACCAGGCCGAGCUCCGCGAGCUGCGGCUGCGGCUCGAUCAACUCACCGCCAGCGGCGCCCGGCUGGAGGUCGAGAGGGACAAUCUGGCCCAGGACCUGGGCACUCUGAGGCAGAAGCUCCAGGAGGAAGCCAAUCUGAGGCUGGAGGCUGAGAAUAACCUGGCUGCCUAUAGACAGGAGGCAGAUGAAGCUACCCUGGCCCGUCUGGAUCUGGAAAGGAAGAUUGAGUCACUGGAGGAGGAGAUCCGGUUCUUGAAGAAGAUCCAUGAGGAGGAGGUGCGGGAACUGCAGGAGCAGCUGGCCCGACAGCAGGUCCAUGUGGAGCUGGACAUGGCCAAGCCAGACCUCACAGCGGCCCUGAGAGAGAUCCGCACACAGUAUGAGGCAGUGACAUCCAGCAACAUGCAGGAGGCAGAGGAGUGGUACCGGUCCAAGUUUGCAGACCUGACGGACGCUGCUGCCCGCAACACGGAGCUGCUCCGUCAGGCCAAGCACGAGGCCGGCGACUACCGGCGCCAGCUGCAGGCCCUGACUUGCGACCUGGAGUCCUUGCGCGGCACGAACGAGUCCCUGGAGAGGCAGAUGCGCGAGCAGGACGAGCGCCACGCGCGGGAGGCGGCGGGUUACCAGGAGGCGCUGGCCCGGCUGGAAGAGGAGGGGCGGAGUCUCAAGGACGAGAUGGCCCGCCACCUGCAGGAGUACCAGGACCUGCUCAAUGUCAAGCUGGCCCUGGACGUCGAGAUCGCCACCUACAGGAAGCUGCUGGAGGGCGAGGAGAACCGCAUCACCAUUCCUGUGCAAACCUUCUCCAACCUGCAGAUCCGAGGGGGCAAAAGCACCAAAGAAGGGGAAGGUCACAAGGUCACAAGACAUCUCAAAAGGCUCUCAAUACAAGUUAUACCCAUACAGGCUCACCAGAUUGUAAAUGGAGCCCCACCGGCGCUCGAAACUAACCUGGACACCAAGUCCAUGUCAGAAGGCCACCUCAAAAGAAACAUCGUGGUGAAGACUGUGGAGAUGCGAGACGGAGAGGUCAUUAAGGAGUCCAAGCAGGAGCACAAGGACGUCAUGUGAGGCGGGACCCACAUAGUCACCCCUGCCCGACACAUGAGGGGCCUGCAGCAGGAGCAGGAUAGUUGCCCCUCCUCUGAUAGGUCAUUUCCCCAGACCUGAGUCCUGCCCCCCUGCCGCCAACCUCUCCCCUCCCUCCUCUGUCUCUACACCAGCUUGCUGCCCUAGGCUCCAUCAGCAGUAGGCCUGCCAGAUGGCACCCACCCAGCACCCAGCAACUCCAACUAACAGGAUACUCACCCCAAAGGGGCAGUCAGGAGGGGCGUGGCCAGCAGCUUGGGCCAGAACUGGGAGGGAGGAGAGAAGUUGGGGAGGGCAGGAGGACCUAGUAAAUCACGCUCUGCAUCUCAAUCCCUGUUGUUAUGGCAACUGCUGCCAGAGCUGGAGGUCUCUGGAGGUCUCUGGAGUUCUCCGGCAGCUGGGCUUUUGAGUUUCCUCAGGCUGCUGCAGGAAAACCAAGACUCUGAGACAGGAAGGGGAAGUCCCCACAGGCAGGGUAGCUCUGGCCGGAGGCUGGUUCUUCUGGACGGACCCUGACCGGUCUAAGAGUGGGUGGGGAUGUCCUGCUACCUGGGUGGUCACCAGACAGAAGUCCCGGCCUGCCCAGAUCCCAGAGGGGCGUCCUGAGUGAUGAUUCAAAUAUCUCGGCCUGACUGAGCUGCCAUCCAGGUGACCAGACGGUAGGCAUGCCGUGAGCACGAGGCAGCUUGAUUCUCAGCACUUGGGGGAUCUAUAGUGUAAGUGCAGAGGGAAGGGGUACUGGGAGGGAGUUGAGGGGGGCUGCCUGGCCCAUAAGUGUGGGUCCGGAGAGGUCAAGCCCAGGAGGACUGCCCCAUGCACGCUGUAGGGGGCGCUAGCGGAGAUGGUGGAGGAGGCAGAGGGAUGAUGCUAGACAUCGGUGGGGGCUGUGGGUGACCGAUUGCACUUGGCCUCUGGGUUGUGGAUAUCAAGGAAGUGACUCAUCCUCUUGAAGAUGCUGAAACAGGAGAGAGAGCCUGCUUCCCACGGGGGCGGGGUGGGCCACCUUUUUCCCAAUUCUAAAGGCCUUUUCCUCGCUGCAUAAUCCUUGUCCACGCAGGCCUCUGAGCCCCUGGAACUGCUGCCUGCUGACCCCAGUGACCCCACCGCUAUACAUCUGACCCUCUCCACUCUAUAACAGCCAGCGCCUUUUUUCUAUGCCAAGGGCCCCUCAUGGUCCCCUCUUACUCACACACAAAAUGUACCCCAUAUUUUAGGUAGUAAUCUAUUUUAUAAUUUGGGAAAUCGAGGCACGAGCAGAGUGAAGACAUUGGCUUGUGUUCCUGCAGCCUGGAGCAGGGGCCUCAGGGCACUCAGGGCCGACACCUCCACCCCAGGGCACCCGCUCUGCUUUCCUUGGGCAGACUGGUGGGCAUCUGCCCAGAAAUGGGGCUGAGAGGGCUCACUCCAGGGUCUACCUCUCCCCUCUGAGGUCAAAGGGAGGGAGAGGAAGGGGUCCCUCCCUCUUCCCAAGACUUGGUGCCCUCUCCCCCCACUCCUUCCUGCCACCUGCUGCUGCUGCUAACCUUCAGGGCAUUGCUGCUGCCUGUAGUCACUGAGGAAAAAUAAAGACA